AUGGGAAAUAGCCCGUCUAAAAAUGAUCCUCUGCCGACUAGUUCAUCUGCUAAUCAAUCAUUAAAUCACUCGACAUCUAGCUCCAACGGGGAGUUAGAAUCAGAUGAAUCCGUACCCCCGCUAUCGGGUCUAUCUAGUAAUAAAUUAAAUGGAAGUUCCAAAGCUUCCGCCAUAAAAAUUGUUAAUAAAAAUGACAACAAAUUCAAUUCCAAUUAUUAUAAUAUUAAUAGCAACACCGUACCGGAUGAUUAUAAGAAAAGCAGUACAUCGAUAUCACCUAGGAAGACUAGCAGGUCAAGUGGGAAUCGUGAUUUGGGUCUAGACUUGGAAAUAGGUGCAUCUAUGGCGAAGUUGUUGAGCAGUAGCUCGCCAACGGUGCCAGGUAGUAACAAGUUGACAUUGCCUUCCCAACAAGAAUAUAGUUCAUCCUUUGAUAGCGAGAGAUCUGAGGUUUCUACGGUAUCUCCUGUAUUCACUACGUUGGGUGAAUACAAGGAUGAAGAUCUGUUACUGUCUUUAGGCUCUUCGGGACCAAAUGAUAAUUUUGGUGUUGGCAAGGGUGACUUAGACUUGGAUACGAUAAUGGAAAUAUCAUUGGAGUCAACCCCCGAGCCCCGGAAAAUCCCCGAGAAGAGUAUCGAUGUGCCUAAAAAGCAUUUAGAUAAACAGAUUAGCCUGACUAGCUCUAAUUCUCCGUCCUCAUCUCCUCAAGAAAAUCCAAGCGUCAAGAAAUCCCAAGUCAAUGUUGACGAGAUUAUCGACAGAUUAUUAGAAAUUGGCUUAAAGAGGCCAAAUAAUUCUUCGGCAAACUCGUCACGUAAGAAUAAGGACAAAUUACCAUUGACUUCUCAGGAAAUUAAGUACGUUUUGAAUAAGUCUCGUUCAAUCUUCUUAGAUCAACCAACGCUUUUAAGAUUAUCGCCACCUGUAAAAAUCGUUGGUGAUAUUCAUGGACAAUUCCAUGACUUGAUUAGAAUUUUUAAUAGCUGUGGUUACCCACCUUAUACUAAUUAUUUAUUCUUAGGUGAUUAUGUUGAUCGUGGAUAUAAAUCUUUAGAAACCAUUUUGCUUCUAUUAUGUUACAAAAUAAAAUACCCUGAAAACUUUUUCAUGUUGAGAGGUAACCACGAGUCUGCAAACAUUACAAAAAUUUAUGGAUUUUAUGAUGAAUGCAAGAGAAGGUUACCAAGUAUUUCAGGUAAUCAUAAGUUAUGGAAAACUUUCGUUGAUGUGUUCAAUGCUUUACCAAUAGCGGCAACUAUUAACGAUAAAAUAUUUUGUAUUCAUGGUGGUCUAUCGCCAGACUUAACCGAUUUGAAGCAAAUUGAAAAUAUCAAAAGGCCAACUGAUAUCCCUGAUAACGGUCUAUUGGCUGAUUUAUUGUGGUCAGACCCGGAUCCUCUGAUUAAGAACUUUUCUCCUACCAAUUGGCCCAAAAAUGAUCGUGGUGUCUCUUACUGUUUUGGUAAAAAACAUGUUGAUUACUUCUGUUUGAAAUUUAAAAUGGACUUGAUUGUUAGAGGACAUAUGGUUGUUGAAGAUGGGUAUGAAUUUUUUGACAAAAGAAAAUUGGUCACAGUUUUCCUGGCUCCUAACUAUUGUGGUGAAUUUGAUAAUUAUGGAGCUAUCAUGAGUGUCGAUAAAUCUUUAUGCUGCUCUUUUGAGUUGAUUAAACCACAAUAA